AUGUCGGUUCUCCCAGCAGAGGUUCAUGCGCAGCUUGCGCAGCUGCUAGAUGCCCUGCAGUCUUCGGACAAUAGUGUGCGGUCCCAGGCCGAGGAGCACUUAGCAACGUACUGGACGGCGUCCAAGCCGGAGAUGUUGCUGAUAGGCCUGGUGGAGCAGAUCCAGGUCUCAAAUGACCCCACGACUCGGUCUUUUGCUGCCGUCAUCUUCCGCCGGAUAGCAUCCAAAUCUCGCAAACUAGCUAAUGACAAGAGCAUCGAGCUCUUCCUUUCUCUCCCCCAAGAGCAAGCCUUUGUCAUCCGCCAAAAGCUGAUUGAAGCCCUUGGUUCGGAGACAACCAAGACGGUGAGAAAUAAAAUUGGUGAUGCUGUUGCAGAGAUCGCCAGACAAUAUUCGGAUGGCAAGGAGCAGUGGCCGGAGGUUUUAGGGGUUCUUUUUACCCUCAGCAUAUCGCAAGAGGUUGGACAACGAGAGAUUGCAUAUCGCAUAUUCUCCACAACCCCUGGAAUAAUCGAGAAGCAACAUGAAGAUACGGUGCUGUCGGCUUUCACCAAGGGAUUCAAAGAUGACGAUGUCAGCGUCCGGCUUUCAGCAAUGGAAGCAUUCGCAUCCUUCUUCCGCAGCAUCCCUAAGAAAUCACAAGCGAAAUACUACGCUCUCAUUCCCGAGGUUUUGAAUAUUCUACCCCCUAUCAAGGAGCACCAGGAAUCGGAGGAGCUCACGAGGGCCCUUGUUUCUCUCAUUGACCUCGCUGAGGUUGCACCAAAGAUGUUCAAGCCACUGUUCCACAACCUGGUCUCAUUUAGUAUAUCCGUCAUCCAGGAUAAGGAACUCUCCGAUCAAGCGCGUCAAAAUGCUCUCGAGCUCAUGGCGACAUUUGCCGACUACGCCCCAGCCAUGUGCAAGAAGGAUGCGACCUACACAAACGAUAUGAUCACCCAAUGUCUAAGCCUUAUGACUGAUAUUGGUGCUGAGGACGAUGAUGCUGCUGAGUGGAAUGCUUCGGAUGAUAUGGAUCCCGAGGAAAGCGACCUCAACCACGUUGCAGGCGAGCAAUGUAUGGAUCGGUUGGCGAAUAAACUCACUGGACAAACUAUUUUACAACCCACAUUUACCUGGCUCCCUCGAAUGAUGCAGUCUGAUGCUUGGCGCGAUCGACAUGCGGCUCUCAUGGCCAUUUCAGCCAUCUCCGAGGGUUGUAGGGAGCUGAUGGAAGAUGAACUCAAUUCUGUUUUGGCACUGGUGGUUCCAGCGCUUCGUGACCCGCAUCCCCGUGUUAGAUGGGCAGGUUGCAAUGCGUUGGGUCAGAUGAGUACGGAUUUUGCUGGUACUAUGCAGACAAAAUAUCACCAAACCGUGGUUCCGGCCAUUAUCCCCGUUCUAGACUCACCCGAACCCCGUGUUCAGGCUCAUGCUGCUGCGGCUCUCGUCAACUUCUGCGAGGAGGCAGAGAAGGAGAUACUAGAGCCUUAUCUCGAUGAUCUCCUAACCCAUCUUUUCCAAUUGCUCCAGAGUCCUAAGCGCUAUGUCCAGGAGCAAGCCCUUUCUACAAUCGCAACCAUCGCCGAUUCGGCGGAGGCUGCCUUUUCCAAAUACUACAGCACUCUGAUGCCGCUGCUCUUCACGGUUUUGCAACAAGAAAGUACGAAAGAACUUCGGUUACUUAGAGCAAAGGCUAUGGAGUGCGCCACGCUCAUUGCUCUCGCAGUUGGCAAGGGAAGACUGGGCGAAGAUGCGAUGGCCCUAGUUCAAGUCCUGGCCAACAUCCAGCAGGGCAUCACCGAUGCCGACGAUCCACAAGCUCAAUAUCUCAUGCAUUGCUGGGGCCGAAUGUGCCGAGUCCUUGGUGCGGACUUCCUUCCCUUCCUUCCCAGCGUCAUGCCUCCUUUGAUGGAGCUUGCCAGUGCCAAGGCGGAUAUCCAGCUCCUAGAAGAUGAUGAACAGAUCGAUCAAAUUCAACAGGAGGAAGGUUGGGAACUUGUCCCCCUGAAGGGUAAGGUUAUCGGCAUCAAGACCAGUACCCUCGAUGAUAAGCAUAUGGCAAUCGAGCUUCUCGUGAUCUAUGCGCAGGUUCUCGAGGGGGCUUUUGCACCUUACGUUCCUGAGGUCAUGGAGAAGAUCGCGCUGCCCGGACUCGCGUUCUUCUUCCAUGACCCAGUUCGUGUUGUCUCUGCCAAGUGCGUGCCCCAGCUUUUGAACUCUUACAAGAAGCAAUUCGGGGCCGAAUCGAACGAGUUGCGGGGCCUCUGGAACCCAACGAUUGAGAAAUUACUCGAGGUCCUUAGUGCAGAGCCGGCCGUCGAUACCCUUGCGGAGAUGUACCAGUGCUUCUACGAGUCAGUUGAAGUUAUCGGCGCAAACUGCCUUACCGCACAGCACAUGAAUGCCUUCAUUGAUUCAGCCCAUUCGGUCCUAGAAGACUUCAAGGAGCGGGUUAAAGCCAGGGCGGUGGAACAAGAGGAGGCCAACAAAGAGGAUGGCGAUGAAGUGUCGGACGAAACUCUCUUUGCUAUCGAAGAUGACCAGACCCUUCUUUCCGAUAUGAACAAGGCCUACCACUGCAUUUUCAAGAAUCAUACCACGGACUUUCUGCCAGCCUGGGAGAGACUUGCUGGGACAUACGAAGCUUUCCUCAAGAGCCCAGAUCCUACGCAACGCCAGUGGGGCCUUUGUAUCUUGGAUGACGUUCUCGAAUUUUGCGGCGAGCACAGCUGGAAGUACAAGGACGCUAUUAUUGAACCCCUUGUGGCUGGCUGUCGCGAUGCAGCACCGGCAAACCGUCAAGCGGCUGCCUACGGCAUCGGCGUUGCUGCUCACAAAGGCGGCGCCGCGUGGUCACAGUUCUUUGCUCCGGCGGUUGAGCUGCUCUUCGAAGUAACGCGAGUCCCUGAUGCGCGAGGAGACGAUGCCGUGUAUGCGACGGAGAAUGCAUGUGCAGCCAUUGCGAAGAUCCUCCACUUUAAUGCAUCCGCCAUCCCGAAUCCGCAAGAAGUGAUUACUCAGUGGGUUGACACGCUGCCGGUCGUGAACGAUGAUGAAGCGGCCCCUUACGCUUAUGCCUACCUUGCCCAGUUGAUUAACCAGCAAAACCCCGCGGUGAUGUCACAGGCUGGUAAGGUUUUUGGGCUCAUUGCUCGGGCAUUGGAAGCAGAUACUUUGCAAGGACACGUCGGCCCCAAAAUGGUGGAGGCAGCGAAGUUGCUCCUGGGCAAUGCCGGCUUAGAUCCCGCCCAAGUCCUCCAGCAAUUGCCUCCUGAAAUGCAACAAACCGUACGAGCCUAUUUUGGGUAA